AAAAACACACAGGGCUUGGAGGAGGUUCAUUUGUAUCCGACCUGGACUGGAGUGAAGAGGAGGAGGAAGGAGAGGAAGAGGAGGAAGAGUCCUGGGAGUUAAAAUACACAGGCAGGAGGAAGGGCAGGGGGCAACAGAAUUCUAUCUAGACCAUGAAGGGAAUUGCCAGAUUGAUUUUCCCACUCAUUCUUUUGCUUAUCUGUGAGGUGAAUGGGCAGAGGCGUACCCGACCUCCAAAGAAGCGUCCUACUCCACCACCCUCUGAACCAGUAGAGCCUACAGAGUUGCCUCCACCUCUGCCACCAGGACCCCCCUCAGUCUUCCCAGACUGCCCUAGAGAAUGUUUCUGCCCACCAGAUUUUCCUUCAGCCCUUUACUGUGAUAGCCGAAACCUGAGGAAAGUACCCUUCAUUCCAUCCAGGAUACAUUAUGUCUACCUACAGAACAACUUCAUUGAUAAGCUUUCUGAGGAGUCCUUCAAGAAUGCCACAGAACUGAGAUGGAUCAAUCUGGACAACAAUCGUAUUGGGUCAAUAGAUUCAAGAGUAUUAGAGAAGUUGGAUAGCCUUAUCUUUCUGUAUCUGGAGAGGAAUCAUCUUAAAGAAGUACCUGGCUAUCUUCCUCCCAGUCUGGAGCAACUUCGGCUGAGCAGGAACCGGAUUAACAGGAUCCCUGAUAAUGUAUUCAACAAGCUGGAUCACCUUAUCCUCUUAGAUCUCCAUCACAAUGAGCUGAAUGAUGGAGACUUCAAAAAGAAUACUUUCAGGGGGCUCAAGAACCUCAUGCAGCUCAACUUAGCUCAUAACAGGCUACACAAGAUGCCACCUGGAGUUCCCAAAGCUGUCCACCAGCUCUUCCUAGAUGAGAACCAAAUUGAUAACAUCCCCAAUAACUACUUCAAAGAUUUCCCUAACCUGGCUUUUCUCAGACUUAGCUACAAUAAGCUUUCUGACAAAGGGCUGCCGAAAAACUCUUUCAACCUCACUAACUUGCUGGUCCUGCACCUGGCACACAACAAUCUCAGCAAUAUCCCCUACAUCAGCCAGAAGCUGGAGCACCUCUACUUGAAUGACAAUUCAAUUGAAAAAAUCAACGGGACCCAGAUAUGCCCUACUUCUUUUAUAUCUUUCCAAGAACCAUCUUCAGAUCUCGACAGUAUGCCUCGUCUUCGCUAUCUGCGCCUUGACGGCAACCACCUGAAGCCACCAAUCCCGUUGGACCUGAUGAUGUGUUUCCGACUGUUGCAGUCUGUUGUCUUCUAAGCCUUGCAGCAAUUGCCACUCUUUGGGACUUUGGCUUUGAGCAGUGACUUGAUUCCAGUCUAUGUUAGACAUGGGAAAUAUAU